AUGGACUCGACAUCAUUUUUAGAUAUAGUCGAUAAAGGUAUAGAUAAAAACAAACCAAUAUCAACAAGACCUGCUAACGAAGAAGAUAUUAUGUCAUCUAUUUUCAACUCAAUUCCAUCAAAGAGUGCAGCCGAAACUGAUAUUAUGGAUUCAAUUUUCGAUACAAAAGAUAUUAAAAAGAAAAGUCAACAAACAAGCAAUAAUGAUGAUUUGGUUGUAGAAGAUGAAAAAAGUGACAGUUCAGAGGGAGUAGAACAAAAAGUAGAAGCUAUUGACCAACCAAUGGAAGAAGAAACUAUCGAACCAUUAAAAGUAGAAGAACAAAUAGCUGAUGAGCAAAUAUGCGAAGAAAAAGAAGAACAACUAGAACAAGUAGAUGAUAUUAGCGAACCAAUUAAAGUAAAGGAAGAGGAACAAAAGGAACUAGAGGUCGAAGUAGAACAAAAUAUAGAGACCGAUUCAGUAAAUGCGGAGAAAGAGGAACCAACAGCUGAAGUAGAACAAAAUUUAGGGGAAGUUGAAUCGACAAACGAAAAAAAGGAAGAGAUAUUAAUUUCGAAUGAUCUAUUAAAAGCUUCAGAAGAGGAUAAUGAUGAAGAAGAAAUUAAUACCAGUAUUAGCGAAAGUAGUGACUCUUUGACAAUGGCCGACGCACCAGAAAUUCAAAUAUCAACUAAUAAUAGUAAUGACACAGUCAUUUUUAUUAAAGACAAUGAAAUCAGUACAGAUAAAAAUGAAUCAAAAGUUUCGAUUGAAAUUCAAACUGAACCCAAUACACCAAAUAAAAAUAGUAAUAACAAUAAUCCAAACUUUUCAAUGUCAGUUUCAAACGUUUAUGAUGAUGUUAAAACUUCAGAAAUUACAAUUGGUACAAUCGAACAAGAAGAAUUUGAAAAAAAAGUUGACCUUGUUUCCCCACUAAAAUUAGAAUUUGAUAAAAUCUUUUUCUCUGCCAUUCCAUUAGAAAAAACCCCAUUUGAAGUUUUAAAAAUGAAUGCUUUUACAGGUGUACUUAAAUAUUCACCACUUCGUGGUAUUGCAUGGAAGAUAUUUUUAGGUGGUUUAGAUAUAAAUAAAAUUAAUAAUUGGGAAACUGAUUAUAAGAAACAAAGAGAAAGAUAUAAUAAAUUAAGAGAAGAGCAUUGUUUUGACCCAAGAAAUUCAAAUUCAGUUUAUGACCCUUUAUCUCAAAAUGAUGAUUCACCAUGGAAUAAAUUCUUUAAAAAUUUAGAUGUUCAAAAAAUUAUUAAAAUCGAUUUAGAAAGAACUCAUCCAGAGAAUGAAUUUUUCCAAAACGAAAAUGUUGUAGAAAUGAUGUCAAGAAUUUUAUUCCUUUAUUCAAAGACCAAUGGAAUUGUUUCAUAUAGACAGGGUAUGCAUGAAUUAUUGGCACCAAUCAUUUAUCUCUACCACAAAGAAUAUACCGAAUAUCAAAAAUUAGACGAAUCACCAAAAGGUUUAAUAGAUUUCAUUUAUAAUAAAGAGUAUUUGGAACACGAUACCUUUUCAACAUUUGAAUGUUUGAUGAGGUUUACAUCAGAUUGGUACGCCCCAGCCCCACCACCAUCGACCAAUUUAAAUGCAACAUCUGCUUCAGCUGCAGGAACAACCUCAUCUACAAUUACUGUUGGUACAUCUCCAUCACAAUCACCAAACAAUAGUCUAAAUGGUGACUCAUCCGAUUUAUCAGGUUCUCAAACAACUAAAUUCAAUGAAGUAGUUCAAAAGUGUAAAUAUAUUCAUUCAGUAUUACUCAAACAAAAAGAUUUCGAACUUUACCAACAUUUAGAUUCAAUCGAUAUCGAACCACAAAUCUACUUACUUCGUUGGAUUCGUUUAUUAUUUGGCAGAGAAUUUCAUUUUGAAGAUGUUUUAAAUAUCUGGGAUGCUAUUUUUGCAUAUGGGGAAGAUUUAGUUUUAAUUGACUAUUUUUGUAUUUCAAUGUUAACUUAUAUUAGAGAACAAUUAUUGCAAAGCGACAGUGUUUAUGCACUCAAAAGAAUUUAUAAAUAUCCACCAGUCGAAGAUGUUUAUUCCUUAGUUAAAAAAGCUUUGGAAAUUAAAGAUUCAAAUUGUUCAAUCGCUGUAAUGGUCAAAAGUGCUCAACCACCAACCUCCGCAUCAAGUAUUGGCACAAAAACUAUAGCUGUAUUAAAUCCAUCAUUGAAUAAUUCUGGUAGUUUUCCAGAAACCUCAAGUAGUGGAGAGGAUUCACCAACUUCAUUUUUGCCAUAUUCUUCACAAAUAUCAUCUUCAAGUACAACUCCAAUCGAUAAUUUAAGUACAAAAACAACACCAUCAUUAAAUAGUUCGAAUCAUAACAACACCCAUAUAAAUAAUAGUAAUAACGAAAAUAAAACAAUAAAUAACCCAUUAACAUCAUCACCAUCAAAUAAUACCUCACCAAAAAUCUCACAUCAAAAUAGUAACAAUAAUAGUAAUAAUAUAAAUAAUAACAAUAAUAUAAAUAAUAAUAUAGGUUUAAAUUUAAAUAAUAGUGGUAAUAGUGGUAUUUUUAAAGCAAAUAUUACAAAAAGCAAUAGUAGUUCUGGAUUCGUUAAAUCAAAUCCAAAAGACUUAUUCGGUGUUAGGGAAUCAGAUUUAAAUUUAUUUUCAUCCUCAUCUUCAUCAUCAGCUCCGACCUCAUUAAACUCAUCAACCAAUAUUUCAAUAGGUCAAGCUAGGUCAACAUUUUUUAGUAGCAGCUCAAAACAUAAAUCUCUUCAAUUCACCAAAUCACCAAUAAUAACAGAUUCACAAAAACUAAAGAAUGUUCAACAUCAUUUAGGUUAUAGUUUAAAUGAUAUCAUCCCAUUACUCGAAAAAGGUGAAAAAUAUAUAAACAGUAAUGAAGAUAAUGACCGCGAAAACUUUUUAUUGGCAAUUUCCAAAGUUAAAGAAAUUAGAGAUAUGUUAGUAGGCACAUUACCAUUACCAGAUUCAAUCACUGAGGAUAAGAAUGAAGAUGCUACCUCAUUAAUUGGGGAUCCUUUAAAGAAAUAA